CCCUGCCUGUCUUCCCCCAGGCCUCUGGAAUCUGGUCUUCCUCUUCUCCAACCUCUCCCUGGUCUUCCUCAUGCCCUUCGCCUAUUUCUUCACCGAGGCCGAGGGCUUUGCGGGAUCCAAGAAGGGCAUUAUGGCCCGAGUCUACGAGACCUUCGUGGUGCUGCUGCUGCUGACGCUGCUGGUGCUGGGGAUGGUCUGGGUGGCAUUGGCCAUUUUGGACAACGACACGGCCAGUCGGGAAUCCCUGUAUGACCUGUGGGAAUACUACCUCCCCUACCUCUACUCCUGCAUCUCACUGUUUGGGGUGCUGCUGCUGCUGGUGUGCACGCCUGUCGGUCUCUCGCGCAUGUUCACGGUCACCGGGACGCUGCUGGUCAAGCCCAGGCUGCUGGAGGAUCUGGACGAGCAGCUGAACUGCACAGUGUUUGAGGAAGCCGCCCUCUCCCGCAAGAUCUGUUCCAGUACAACCUCCUGCUGGCUGAACUUGAGUGUGGCUGUGCUGCGGGAGCGGUUCCUGGCCAUCCAGAGCCGGAGACUCGCGCUGGAGCUGCGGCGCCGGGCCUCACCUUGGCAGCGGAACCUGGGCUACCCCCUGGCCAUGCUGUGCCUCCUGGUGCUGACGGGCAUCUCUGUGCUAGUUGUCUGCUUCCACACACUGGAGCUGCUGCUGGAUGAUGCUGCAAUGCCACGGGGUAUUCAGGACGCACCCCUGGGGCAGGUCUCCUUCUCCAUCUUUGGGUCCUUUGGUGCUGCCAUGCAGGUGGUCCUCAUCUUCUACCUGAUGGUCUCCUCCGUUGUGGGCUUUUACAGCUCCCCCAUGUUCAUGAGGCUGCUCCCUGCAAGGCAGGAUACCCCUAUGACCAAGAUCAUUGGGAAUUGUGUGUCCUUACUGGUGCUUAGCUCUGCGCUGCCCGUCUUCUCCAGGACGCUGGGGAUCACACGGUUUGACCUCCUGGGCGACUUUGGCAGGUUUAACUGGCUGGGAAACUUCUACAUCGUCUUCCUCUACAACAUGCUCUUUGCGGCCCUUGCCACCCUGUGCCUGGUGAAGAAGUUUACAUGGGCCGUGCAGGCCGAGCUCAUCCGAGCCUUGGGUUUGCACAAGCUGCCCCUUCCUGUGACACGUGCCCACCAGCCCAGCAAGCUUGGCUAGGAUGCUGUGGGGCCACCCGAUGGAGGGGAGCUGGGGGAUACUGCAGCCCCACCAGACCAAGGAGGGCAGCUCUAGCUCCCAUGCGCUGGAUUUAUUUGUCUCCUGCAUUUUGAGCCGAAGAACCGGGGAAUCAGGGACUCCCUGCCUGGUGGAAGGGAUGGGGGACCUGCCUGACUCCACCCUCCUCUGUUUUGGACCAGUGGCCUGCUGGCGAGGAAGGGGCCAGUGUCUUCCUGGG